AUGGUUCUUCUUAACGCUAAAAACCACAAAAACGGUCGGCGAUAUACGUCAGAUGAAAUGCUAUUAUGUCUUUCAAUUGACAAAAGUUCAGCGUCUGCGCACCGAUAUUUAUGUUCAAUCUUGCCUUUUCCGACUCCUCGGAGAGUACGUCAACUUUUGACCAAAUUUCGUUGGGAUUGUGGAGUCACGGAAACCAUGAAGGAUUGUUUGAAAGAAGCGGCUGAUCGAUUAACAGAUGAACUGGACCAGGUUUUCGCUUUGAUGAGGGUUGAAGUUUCCUUGAAGCUGAAUGUCCAUUAUAGCGCUGAGAAGGACAAGGUUAUUGGUGAAGAGGACUGGGGCACAAAUCGAACCUCCAAAUAUGCGGAUCAUGCACUAGUUUUUAUGCUGUGA